AAUUAUUUGCAACACUGAGUAGGCUGAGUCUUUUUCUAAUUUUAUUCGUGGUAUUACUCUACGCAAAACUCGUUGAAUCAUACGAUAAAAGAUGUAAUGUUAAUUACGAUGAAGGCCGGUGUAAGAUCGUAACCAGGUACCGCUACGACAGGCGCGCCCGGCGCUGCCUGCCUUUCGACUACUGGGGAAAGGGCGGCAAUAAGAACAACUUCAACACAUUAGAGGACUGCCAAUUCCGUUGCGAAAACGACAGGCCGCUAAGUAUUUUAGACAGAUAA